CUGGGGCUGGUGAGCCUGGUGGAGAACCUGCUGGUGGUGGCUGCCAUCCUGAAGAACAGGAACCUGCACUCGCCCACGUACUACUUCAUCUGCUGCCUGGCCGUCUCGGACAUGCUGGUGAGCAUCAGCAACCUGGCGGAGACAUUCUUCCUGCUGCUGCUGGAGCACGGCGUGCUGGUGGUCCGCGCCAGCGUCGUCCGCCACAUGGACAACGUCAUCGACCUGCUCAUCUGCGGGUCCGUCGUGUCCUCCCUCUCCUUCCUGGGGGUCAUCGCCGUGGACCGCUACAUCACCAUCUUCUACGCCCUGCGCUACCACAGCAUCAUGACUCUGCAACGGGCUGUGGUGACCAUGGUCAGCGUCUGGCUGGCCAGCACCGUCGCCAGCACCGUCUUUGUCACCUACUACCGCAGCAACGCCAUCCUCCUCUGCCUCAUCAGCUUCUUCCUCUUCAUGCUGGUCCUCAUGCUGGUGCUCUACAUCCACAUGUUUGCCUUGGCCCGUCACCACCUCCGCAGCAUCUCCAGCCAGCAGAAGCAACCCACCGUCUACCGCAGCAGCAGCCUGAAGGGAGCUGUCACGCUCACCAUCCUCUUGGGUGUCUUCUUCAUCUGCUGGGGGCCUUUCUUCUUCCACCUCAUCCUCAUCGUCACCUGCCCCACCAACCCUUUCUGCACCUGCUUCUUCAGUUACUUCAACCUCUUCCACAUCCUCAUCAUCUGUAAUUCGGUGAUUGACCCUCUUAUCUACGCCUUCCGGAGCCGGGAACUCCGACGGACGCUGCGGGAGGUUAUGUUGUGCUCUUGGUAGGACAACGGGAUGGCUGGUAACGGCUCGGAUGGACGGACGGACAGAUGGGAUGCACCGUG